AUGAAGUUGUUAGUGUUGACGGCGAUUAUCGCCGCCGUCACUUGCGGUCCGCUCAGUGAGAGCAACACAUGGCCUUGGCAAGUAGGCAAAGAAUACUCGUACAAUGUGGAAGCUUAUACUUGGACCAAUUACGAACAAAGCGACAGUUACGGCAAUUCCUUCAAAGCCCUGUUUAUGGUUCGUGUGCUGUCACCUGGCCGCUUGCUUGCUAAGCUAGAGAGCCCAAUGUUCGCACAAUUCCACGACCAGGUAACUAAGGAAGAAUGGCCAACUGGAUUAAACUACAAUCCUGUUGAAAAGUUCGAUCAUCCAUUUGAAAUUAUCGUCGAUGGAGGACGUGUCGUCUCUUUAAAACUUCCAGAAUCACUCUCUGUGCCCAAUGAGAAUUUGUUGAAAGGUCUGAUUGGUGCUCUACAAGCAGAUUUAUCAACCUACAACCAUGUUGAUAAUUUCCCCAACAGCUAUGAUAAAGAAAGCUUCCAAGGUUUAUUCAAAAAGAUGGAAAGUGACGUCACCGGUAAUUGUGAGACUUUAUACUCAGUAGCGCCAGUUUCUGCAGAUUGGCAUCGCGAAUUACAAGACUUCGUAGAAGAUCCUAUAGAAAUCACUAAGAGCAAAAAUUACGAGUCAUGUGCAAAGUUUGUUGACUUCAAUUUUGGUGUCCCUGAAGGUGCCGUAUGGAAGGGCAUGGCUUAUGAAAACGAAGAAAAACAGUUUAUCAAGCACACAACUGAAUCACGCUUACUCGUUGGCAAGCAUGGCACGAUUUACAAAUCUGAAACCUUUGACUCUGCUGUAGUAAAUCCACUUUUAUUUGGUAAACAAAAGGCGCAAGUUCACAGUUACGUCAGCUUUUAUCUGUUAUCAUUUCAGCCAGAAAGUUCCAAAGAAUGGGUUAAAUCUGAGGAGUAUCGAUCAGUUGACUCUUUAAUCUUUAGGUAUGAUCCUAAGUCCAUAAUAAAGGCUAAUGAAAAAUAUGUUGCUGAUGCACAGAAAUUACUCCAAGAAAUGACUCCUUUGCUGCAAGACCCAAAUAUUUUACCAAAGUCCGAUUUCCUAUCGAAAUACAAGAGCUUAAUUCGCUUAAUUAUGUUUAUGAGUCCCGAGCAACUUGCUCAACUGACCAAUAGCAUUGAAGUUGCAAAGUCAUCGAAAAACGUUGUUAAAAAUAACAUGUGGAUAAUAUAUCGUGACGCUGUUGUUCAAGCAGGCACUUAUACAGCUUUUCAAGAAAUAAAGAACUGGAUACAGUCUAAAAGGGUUGAAGGUGAUGAGGCUGCAGAUGUUAUAAGUUCAGUGGCCAGUGUACUUCGUGUCCGUACAAAAAAAGUUAUGACCGAAUUUUUCGAUUUAGCCAUGAGUCCAGAAGUUCAGAAGCAAGACUUCUUAAAUACAACAGCACUCCUGGCUGUAUCAAAGUUCAUCGCAUCGAAUGAAGACGACUCAUUCUUGGUGGAGAAAGUUAUCCCACGUCUAUCCGAAGAACUGAAAAAAGCUAUCGAAAUCGACGAUAAGAACAAAGCUCAGGUUUACGUAAGAGUUCUUGGUAACUUAGCUCACCCUGAAAUUUUAAAAGUCUUUGCUCCUUACCUGGAUGGUCACGUGCCAGUCACAAAAUAUUUACGAAUCCAAAUGGUCAUCAGCCUUAAAUCAUUGGCCAACACUAAGGAUGAGUAUGUGCGUGCUGUACUUUUCAGUCUUUUGAAGAAUACUGCUGAGCCUUACGAAAUCAGAGUAGCUGCUGCUCUGAAUAUUUUCCUAGCUUUUCCUAGUCACGAAAUGAUGCAAAUUAUGGCGCAUAUGUCAGCCACAGACCCAAGCACACAAGUUCGUGCAGUACUGGCGAAUGGCAUUAUUUUUGCCGCUCGUCUGAAAGAUCCACGUUUUGCGAAACUCGCUAAGAUUGCAAAAUCAGUUCUGUACCUGGUACCUAAAGAAAAGUUUGGCUACCGCUAUUCAACUGAAAGUUUGGUUGACGAAUAUACUAGUGACGAUGUUGCAGCACACUUUAGGGAACUUUCAUUUAUUGGAAGUGAGAAUCACAUCCUUCCAGUAUACCAAAGGGGAGGUCUCAGAUUCGGAAGCACCGGGUGGACCGAAGAAGAAUGGUUCACCUACUCUAUUUCGGAUAUGAAACACUUGAUGAGCUAUCUAAAUGGGAUGUUCGUUAAGGAACCUGAAAGAAGUUAUGAAGGCGUGAAAUUCUCUAGUAAAAAGAUAGCUGACUUACUAAAUAUUAAGCCAAAGCAUCGUUGUUAUCUCGAAGGAUCCUUCUUCCUUAACAACUGGAACCAGCAAACGCUAUUUACGUUCACUCAAGAUGACCUUGAUGCUCUGCUGAUGGACUUUGUGAAAGAGGCAGAGAAACCACCAAAUGAAAUUAAUCAUACCAACCUCUUAAGACAGAAACAAGUCUUUGUUACUUUCCCUCUAUCUACAGGCAUGCUUUUUGUUUACGACUACAGCGAGCCAACGGUUGUGAAGAUGCAAAGCCAAUUGAAAAGGAUAGUCGACAGUGAAUCGUCCAUAAAUUCAAACGUUGACUUGAAAAUAUUAUACGCCAGAAAUAUGGAUGGUAGCGUUGGUUUCUUCGAUGCCUAUAGUAACUUGUACGUAAGCUCAGGUGUCAUUAACAAAUUCCAAUUUUACAUUCCUUUGAAAGUGAGUGCUUCAUUCCAAUUGGGAAAAACUAAAUUCAGCUUGAAAUUCGAGAUGCCUGAACAAAAUGUCAAUUUGGCCCAUAUGAGUGUAUGGCCUUACAUUUCACGGUACGAACUUUAUUCACCGGUGACUGUCUUACAAGACCCAUCAACUAAGUUUAUCGAGCGUCCAGAAAAGGUUAUUUCUGCACCAUUGAAAUUUGGCGAGCUCACCGGCACCGUCUUUGAAUUUAGCGGAUUCUCUUAUUCUAAUGACUACAAGAAGCCACUCAGUUUGUUUGAUGCUGACUUCCUUACAAAUGUACGUAACUUGCUGUACCAGAAGGACGUCGCGUAUACUUCAUUUGACUUGAAGUACCUUUCUAAAGAGUCGCAAAACAAUGCAGUGGCGUACAACAUAUUCUAUGGUUCACGAUACAAUCAGGAAGGUACGGAUGAAGAAAUGGAACCAGCAAAGACUAUGGAAAAUAUCACAUUACCUGAUCGUUAUGAGGAGAUAGUUAAGCGAGCUGCUGCAGGUAUAGAAUCUACAGCCAAAAUACAAUUCCUCGACAUUAGCGUCGAGUUUGAAGGAAAAAAGAAACGAGAAUUUGUAUUCACGAGUGCUGUUGCUAAUAGUUUUGCUGAAAAGAAGGUACACGCAGCUUGGUUUUUAAAUGCAUAUGACCAAAUUAAUGGUGUAUUCAGGAUGAUCGAACCGCAAAUAGCACCAUUGAACUUUGAGGAGGCUCUCAAGAAUAAAUUCAAAGUUAAAUACGAAGCUGACAUUAAGUUUGGCAAAUAUGACAAUAUUCACUUCAAAGGAUUUGAGGAGCGCAGUAAGAAAUACACUGAACAAUUACGAAAGGACCCGUUAGGAAAACAGUGCUUGGAAGAAACUAAGCGAGAUAAUAUCUACCUGAAGGAUUGUCACAAAAUGAUUAUAAAGGCUCACGCUCCCGACUAUUUCAAAGGAACAUUAUCUUACAAGGCACUGCCCGCUGACUGGAACAAUUGGAACGUACUUUAUGAAUAUUUUAAAGAUUUGUACAAUUGGGAUGUGCAAGUAGACAAGACUAGGGCCAUCAACAACAAUACACUGGAAAUUGUGUCUGAAGCUUUCUACUACGACAAUUACGUCAACUAUGAAUUUGCCAGUAAAUAUGGAGUGGUACAAUUGAAUAAUGUGGAGAUUUUGCCGUAUUACCAGUACGCCAUGGCUAACUACGCACCUAUAUCUGCCUGGGAACGUUCCCGCAACUGGUUUACUGAUUACCAACACUUGCCCUUCUGUUCCGUGGAUGACAAUAAAAUCAAGACAUUUAGCGGACGUGAAUAUGAAUACAGCGUGACAAAUGCUUGGCACGUGGUUAUGGUCGAUAAGGCCAGGGAAUUUGACAAUGACAUAGUAAUUCUUAUAAGAAGAGAAGGAGCUAAUCAAGCAGUGGUUUAUGUUUCGUACAAGACUGCAGUCGGCCAAGCCGUGGAAAUUGAAAUCACGCCGAAAACGAUUGAAGUUAUAACAAAUGCGACACGUCUAAGUUCCAGCGGCGUCGCCACAUAUUGGAAUUAUGUAACAAAUGCACCUCUAUUAGAAUACUAUACUAUUGCUGAGGACAUUGAAUUCUUUAGCAUAAACAAUGGACAAGUUCGUUUCUUGUACGACAACCAUCGCCUUGUUAUUUUCACUGACGACCACCGCAGCUCCACCUGGGGUUUGUGUGGACAGAGUACAUCUCAAAUUAGCGAUGACUACAUCACUCCUUAUGGCGUGGUCUACCUUCCUAAUUAUUACGGAGCAUCUUUCUCCCUGGAGGAAGAAUUCAUUGAUCCUUCCACCGUGGAGCUGAAGAAGAAAGCUAAGCUGAAGGCGUAUCACCUGUCACCAAGUACACCAACAUUCUCCGCUCUGAUGAUGAGUGGAGCAAGAUCAAGAAUGAAUCUGUUAAAGGAGCGAAAUCUUUUAAAGUUUAUAGACAAAGUUUUGAGUGGUGAUCUUUUUAGUAAACAAUAA